AUGGAGGCAACGAAGAUGCCUUUGGAGCCGGAGUUUCAAUCUGGAGAGGACUUCGUUCACGUCGAAGAACCAAUUCCUCCGGGAGAUAUUUCGUUAAGCGAAAGCAUAGUAAAUGUGGAGAAGGAAGACCUGCUCGCGGAGAUGGAGGUGAAUGAGGAAGAACAUAGCGAUUCCGGUUCAGUGAUAAUAACCGGCGUCGACCCGAUCGGUGAUGUUGCGGUGGAGAAAAAGAAGUUAGAGCUGCCAGAGGAAUUAGCGAAAAGCGUUAUGGUUUUAACGUGUGAGUCCACAGAAGAAGGUGGAUCUUGUGACGUGUACUUGGCUGGCACUGCUCAUGUCUCACAGGAAUCAUGUCGAGAAGUUGAAGCUGUAGUCAGCUUCAUUAAACCACAGGUUCCGACCAACUCGGAAAUGAUAGACAUGUGGAAGAAGAAUCACAACAUAUUCGGAAUAGCUUAUGGAUAUUUUCUUGCAACGAUCGCAAGCAGGCUUGAGGUUUUCCCUGGUGCUGAGUUUCGUGUGGCAUAUGAAGAGGCAAACAAAUAUGGUGGCGAGGUGUUUCUAGGCGAUCGUCCUGUAGAGAUCACAUUAAAGAGAGCAUGGGGUAAAAUGCCUCUAUGGCAUAAAGUAAAGUUUUUGUACAGCAUAGUGUCUCAAGCUUUCUUUCUUCCGAAACCUGAGGACAUUAAGAAGAUGCUCAAUUCUAUGAACGAUGGGGACAUGGUGACAUCGGUAAUUCAAGAAAUGAGCAAGGAAUUUCCAUCUCUCAUGGAGACACUUGUGCAUGAGCGAGAUAAGUACAUGUCAUAUAUGUUGUUAAGAGUUGCAAGAGAGCGUAGUUCGGUCGUGGCAGUUGUCGGUAGAGGGCAUCUUCAAGGGAUCAAGAAGAAUUGGAACAAACCUAUAAAUAUGAAGGACUUGUUGGAGAUACCGACGAGUGAAUCAGUUUUGACUGUAAAGAAUUGUCUGAUAUCUCUAGCGAUUGUAGUCGCUGGGACAGCCAUAGUUUCCCGCAUAUAUCUUGCAAGCACAAGUUAA